AUGACCAAGGUGCUCGAUGAGACGAUCCAUGCGGUGGAUAGCUCAUACUCCAUCUCAACGACGGAUGCCUUGGCGCAGCUGAAUUCCAAGGUGGAGGUACUAGAUGCCACCUUUCAGAAGAUGGAUGCAUCCCUUCCUCGGGGUGGUGGACUCAAAGAGGAGGCACUCGUGUCCUCCUUCCAGGAGCUGACUGAGAUGCAGAGCCGUGCGGCGCAGAAAGUCUCGUCCCUCGAGGUAAGGGUGGAAGACCUGGCCAUGAGACUGCAGGUCUUGGACGAGACCUUGCACAGCUCCCGGCAACUCUAUGACGAGAACAACCAUAAAAUCGAGGCGAAUGUGGGCACCGGUGACCGUUUGGUUUCAAGCUUGGUCGAGUGA